AUGCACCAAGGCGGGCUGGCAGCCUGGGACGAGAACAACAAAGCAUACUCGCACGUGUACGAGCAUGUGCCACCAUGGUUCGAAGACAUACCCGGCAUUCCCUGUCUGUUCAUGGAUGGAUCGCCACUCCUCGCAGCCGGCGGCGGUGCCUCUCUGAGCCCGACAAGCCCGGUGAGCGUCCGCAGCGUCAUCAACAUCAACGGCGUGAAGAGAAAGAGGAGCACGGGUGCGCCUGCGAGCGCUGGCUUCGACAGCAGUCCCGGGAGCGUGUUGAACGACGACGAUAACGGCGACCCGUCCGAGAAGAAGCGGCAACCAGGCGUCAAGCGCGCAUGCAACGAGUGCCGCCAGCAAAAGCUUCGAUGCGACGUCAGCCAGGACCCCUUUCGCAGCUGCUCACGAUGCAACCGGCUAAAGCUACAAUGCAAGAUCGAAUCCAACUUCAAACGUAUUGGCAAGCGGUCCAAACACGCCGAGAUGGAGAAGGAGAUUGAGAAGCUACGGCGAAGCGUCCAGCUCGCCCGGUCCCAGGGCUUCGUCAUCGACGACGACGACGACGGCCCGUCCACGUCCCAGCUGCAGUCGCCCAUCAUCAACAGCGUAUACACCCAUACGCGCAACCCGUCGUUGAUGGGCUCCGACGAGGCCGUCUCGUCAUUGCUGCAUCUCAAGCGCGGCGGCUCCUACAGCGUCCCGCGCAUUGUGCGUGAGCUCGAAGAGGUCCGCCUGACCGAGGAAGGCGAGGCACAGCUGUUCCAGGACUUUUGGCUCUUCUACCACCCUUUCCUCCCCUUUCUCAAUACCGCCUUGGCUCCAGAAGUGUACUACCAGCAGCAUCCGCUGCUCUACUGGUCUAUAGUCGCUGUGGCUGCCCGUCGAUACGUCCCUGACCCGACUCUUCUCACAGCCAUCUCCGUCCCGCUUAACACGCUCCUUUGGAAGACCAUCGGCGAGGUGCCCGGCUCGCACUUUGUCGUCAAGGCCAUGUGUCUCCUCUGCACAUGGCCGCUGCCUACCAGCAACACCAGCUCUGACCCUACCCACAUCCUCUGCGGUGUCAUGAUGAAGACUGCCACCGGCAUCGGCCUCCACCGUCCGAAUCACAUCAACGACUUCACCCGCGUCGCCAUCGAGCUGAACAAGGACCAGCUCCACGACCGUGUCGUCACCUGGGCCGUGUGCAAUAUCGUCGCCCAGAACGUCGCCACUGGCUACGGCCAGCCAGCCUCUUCGCUGUACGACUGGACGCUUGCCACCCGGUCCGGCGAGUCUGGGCCCUUCCAGCUGUCUGCCGAGCUGGAGGCCCGCCUGCAGAUCGAGCGCUUUUGCGACAAGGUUUCUAAGGAGAUGUACAGCAAUGCCAGCGACUCCCGCGGCGUCGCUGGCGACGAGCACCGCUCCAUGCUGAUGCGCGUCUUCCGCCGCGAGUAUAGCGAGCUCCAUGCCGAUAUCAUGUCGCGUGGCUUGUCCCACAUCGUGUCGUUCCAUCUCAAGGCCGCCGGGCUGCACCUGCGCCUGGCCGGCUUCUUCGAUGCGAGCUCGACGCCUGGCUAUCUCGACGACCUUAUGGGGCUGUGGCGCUCCACCGUCAGCUUCUUGGAAGACAUCAUCAGCAACAGCACCGUCUCGUCACCGUCGUCACCACAAGAGCACAUCGGUAUUGAUACGCUCAAAUAUGCAUCAAACUACCUGCAGCAGAUGCUGGUGGCCGCCGGCUUUGCCCUCCUCAAGCUGAUGCGCUCGUUCUUUUCUCGUGCCAUCGACUACGACCGCGGCCGGCGGCUCUUCCACCGGAUCAUCGGCGCUAUCCGGUCCACCAGUGUGGUGCACAACGACCUCCAGUGGAGGCUAGCUGAGCUGAUGGUGCAGAUGUGGAAUGGGGCCCGGCUAGAGACUCAGCCGGCUCGGGCGUACCUGGACGACGACAGCGCUGUCGAGAUUGACGACACCUUGCAGCUGAAGGUGCGCUGUCGGCACAGCAUGAGCCUUGUCUUCGACUCCAUCUGGCACUGGCGAGAAGAGUACCAGGCCAGGGGUCGAGGCACUCUGGAUGUUGCAGCUUUAAAACAGCCAACCAACCCAGACUCGGCGAACGAGUCAACAGCCUCGUCCACGCAUAUGGAUGCCGGCAUAAUGGCCUCUAACCACGGUCUUCCAAGCCUUCCAACGUCAGUCUCAAAUGGCGCGCUGGCCGCUGGCAUUACUGCAGGGCUGGCUGGACAUGGGCACAACGGUAUGCUUGGAGGUGGAGUGUCGUAUGACGCAAACCCAACUAGCUACGAUUUCUUUGAUCCUCAGCACUGGAUGCUAGACAACCUUCUGGACUUCAACUACUCUUACGUGCCGCCCAUGGAGGGUGCUUAG